GUGGAGGAUGAAUUGAUAAAGGAUGAAGUCAUCCUGUCUCCAGGUCCAUCGAUGCUCAAGCUGCAAAUAGUGUCAAAGCCAAUCGACCUCUCAGUGGCCAAGGACAUAAAGGCCCUUCUGUUCGGCUCCAGCUUUUGCUGUUUCAAUGAGGAAUGGAAGCUUCAGAGUUUUUCCUUUAAUGACAAAGCCUCGUUAAAAUACGGCAUUGUGCAGAACAAGGGGGGUCCCUGUGGGGUUCUGGCAGCUGUCCAAGGCUGUGUCCUACAAAAACUCCUGUUUGAAGGAGAUAGCGAAGCUGACUGCGUUCGGCAGCUGCAGCCUUCCAAUGCCCGCAGGACCCACUGCCUCGCUCUGGCCAUCGCAGACAUCGUGUGGCGGGCCGGGGGCCAUGAGAGAGCCGUGGUCACACUGGCUUCAGGAACACAGCAGUUCAGUCCAACAGGGAAAUACAAAGCAGAUGGAGUCUUAGAAACACUCACACUGCACAGUUUGACCUGCUACGAGGAGCUGGUGACUUUUCUUCAAGGAAGCAUCCAUCAGUUCGAAGCGGGUCCCUACGGAUGCAUCCUGCUCACGCUGUCUGCCAUCCUGUCCAGGUCCACAGAGCUUGUCCGCCAGGACUUCGAUGUCCCCACCAGCCACCUGAUUGGAGCGCAUGGAUACUGCACCCAGGAACUUGUCAAUCUGCUCCUGACCGGGAAAGCCGUGUCCAAUGUUUUCAAUGACGUGGUAGAGCUGGAUUCUGGGAACGGGAACAUCACGCUGCUCAAAGGCAUAGCUGCGCGCAGUGAUGUUGGGUUCCUAUCUCUCUUUGAGCACUACAAUGUGUGCCAGGUGGGCUGCUUCCUGAAGACACCGAGGUUCCCCAUCUGGGUGGUGUGCAGUGAGAGCCACUUCAGCGUCCUCUUCAGCCUGCAGCCAGAGCUCCUGCGAGACUGGAGGGCCGAGAGGCUCUUUGACCUGUAUUACUAUGACGGCCUGGCCAACCAGCAGGAGCAGAUCCGGCUGACCGUUGACACCACCCAGACCAUCCCUGAGGACAGAGACAACGACCUCGUCCCGCCCCUUGAGCUCUGCAUCAGAACCAGGUGGAAGGGGGCAGCGGUGAACUGGAACGGCUCAGACCCCAUCCUGUGACCCUUCCUGUGGGUAAGCCUAUGGCUCUACCACUCAUCGCUGGGGGGUGACAGCUGAGCCCCAGGCCUCAGGAACAAGUCUCUCAGAAGAGUGUCACCCCCAUCUGGGCCAACAGUGCUGCAGAAGCAUCCAGAACCUCCCUGCCCCUUCCAUGAAGGGCCCCCAGGACGGUGAUGAGGGCCCAGAGUGCUGCUAUACGGCUCCCUCCCAGCUGAGCCAUGACUGCCAAGGAUUGGACCGCCUCUGUGCUUUUUGUCUGCAUCCCUCCCUUGCUCCCUGCUGGGCCACCUCUCCCCUCUUCAAGCCUGUGAUAUGGUUAGCCUGGGCACCCUGGGCUCGUUAUUUCUGGUAGUUGGCUUUCUAUAAAGCAGGAGUCAAACCCAU